UACGUGGUACUGCCAGAAGGCUAUUGACGUGGCAUUUCGUCUCUCCCUAGCCGGAGCGCCCAUCUUUCCAAAUAAACAGGUUCAGCCGGACCGGUGUUUUAUCAAUCCGCUCUUCAUUUCUCUGCCGCUGAAGGAAGAUGUGGCUAGUAUUUAUGUUCGCCGGCCUGCUCCACAGCAUUUCACCGUAUGAAAUAGACCUAAAGAAAAUUGAAGGCUUGGCCAGGGGAAAAGUAGAGACCUGCGGAGGAUGACAGCUGAACCGGCUCAGGGAGGUGAAGGCAUUUGUUACACAGGACAUCCCUCUUUAUCACAACCUCGUGAUGAAACACCUCCCUGGAGCUGACCCGGAGCUGGUCCUUCUCAACCAUUAUUAUGAAGAGUUGGAUCGGAUCCUUCUAAAUGAUAUGACCCGUAAAGAGAUCAACGAACUGCUGGUCUCGCUGGGCUUCUAUAAGAAGGCAGACCCAGAUGACCCGGUUCCAUACGAGUUCCGCUACGCCCCUGCAAAGGACAGUCCCUGGGACAAGCAGGAGCCUGACCCAGCCACCACUGAGCAGAACCAGGGAGCAGACAGGGAACCGACUGGGGAACCACUGGAGACAGAACCAGAGAGCCAGUCACCAGAGACCCAGCAACACGACCCUCAAGCAAAGCACGCAGACCUAUAAGCAAGAGCAGCAUUCAGGAAUCCAUCUGUUCAUCUGACUACAGAGGUGGCUUCGGUUCACAGAACACAGAAAAAAACCUGUGUACCGUUAAUCCUUUUUAAAAACAGGAUAUUUUGUUGGAAAAAUAAGUACAAGAUUGUCUGCAAGACUAUGUAAGGUGGUGUAGCACAGCUGUGUACAUGUAGUUCCAUCUGACUGGAAAAACAUUUAUGUUGGCCAAUGAUGCGUUCCAGUGGGUCGUGAAUUCUUUUGAGAAUAAGGGAUCCUAAUUGCAAGAGAGGUUUCCUGUGAAUAUUAUGAGCCUUUCACCUCUGGGGGGCUGGGUUCAAAUCUGGCUUAGGUCACAAGUAAAGUUAGUUUAGUCAUUCACACUAAUGGACUGAUUUGAUCAACCUAUACCCCACUGGAAUAAGCCACAGCUGGAUUUAUUUUACAGCACUGGGGAAUUCCUUGGUUGCUGAAAUCCAUGAUUCCAUUUUGCUGUGAGAUUAGCUUAUACCCUGUGUGCUCAAGAUUGAUGACAUCUUUAGAGACGUUAGAGUUAGCUACACUCCGUAUGAGAUGAGUGCUAAUCUGUUUUACUAGGACUGACAUCCUAAAAGCUUUCUAAGAACUAGGGCCAUUAGGGAUUAUUUUUCCACUUGUCCCCUAGUAUCAGGUGAUAUCCUGAGGUGUGGAUAACAGACCAGUAGUUUUAAUUUUUAGAUAUUGGCGAGCAGUCUUACUCCCAGGCUGAAUCACACACACCUCCCAGUUGUAAGUGAAUAUUUUGAAACCCCAACUUAAUAUGUUUAGCACUUAAGUAACUUCACAGAGCAUGUCUACCCUCAGAUUCCUCCUGCAAGUCUUAAACACACAGCAGUCAUCACAUGUUGAAAACAUGAUUGAAGGGAAUAACAAUUGCAUGGUUUGAAUAGUUGUAGAUUGUGCAUUAUUCAGAAAGUGGUGUUGUGACUCAAGACAGACUUGAACCAGGGACCUGUGUUGCACAGCCCACCUUCGCUGCAAAGAAGUCUUCGGAAAUCUAAGCUAAUGGGGGAGUGAAGUGAAACUUCUUUAGAAAAAUUAAAUCAAGGGGCUCCCCCUUACAAACUUGGACUACUGAAUUAGUACGUAUACUCAUAGGACUGGCUUCAGUUACAUACGGCAGGAUUGAUGUUGUACAGCCCAUUCAUGAUAGCUGUCACAAAAAUAUUUUGUUCUGUGUGGGGUUUCAAAUGUUUAUUUUUUAAUAUACACUGUCUUGCUUGGUCUCUCCUGGUCUGGUGCCCCCUGCCCUCAGCUGAACAGAGUGAUGCCCGGAGCUGAAAGUCUUUGGCUGGCUGAGGGCUGAUGUGUAGAGUUCACAAGGGUGGGGGGAAUUGGGCCUGGGGAGAGAUGCUGGAGCAGAGUGGCCACUUCAGACUAUGGAAUAAAUCCUGUAACUGUUA